AUGAGGAGGUCGCGACACGUCCUGGGUUCCCGUAUUGCGAGGCGACUCUGCAUCUCGAACGUGACUCGGGCCGACACCGCACUGGCCGGUAUGUCGAGCCGCAAGCGGAGGAGAAUAGAGUACGCCAGGGUACAGGAACUCUUUCGAACGUGUCCCAGUCGAGCAGCAGCCGAGGUGAUCGACGGCGUGCACAGGAGCGUUCGGCAUUCUCUCGAAGAGUUGGAAGCCUAUUGGCGACCAAUCCUAGAGAGGGUGUCGGAUGCCUCAGGGCCUACACCGUCUGCGCUGAACGCCUUAAGGCGGGAGGAGCAGUAUGGGGGCGCACGUGAUUACUCUCGGCUGUGGGUGCCUUUCACGACCGACGAAGUGAAGGCAUCCAAGUUCAACUGGCAAACGGCACCUGGUCCGGACGGUAUCCGCCCGGAUGAGUGGCGCCUAGUUCCUGCGGCCCGAAAAGCGGAAAUAUUCAACUCUUGGUUGACCACUGGCGUAAUACCAGAGCCCUUGCGGCAAUGCCAGACUAUCUUCGUGCCGAAGACGGACGUUCCUGCUGGGCCGGGCGACUAUCGACCGAUUUCUAUCGCGUCGAUACCGCUUAGGCACAUGCACUCGGUCCUGGCGCGGAGACUUCUGGAUUGCUGCCCCCCCGAUGCACGACAGCGUCGAUUCGUCUGCGCCGACGGCACGUUGGAGAAUUGCGCCGUGCUGGACGCGGUGCUAGGGGAUAGCAGGAAAAGGUUAAGAGAGUGUCAUGUGGCGGUCCUCGAUUUCGCGAAGGCGUUCGACACAGUGUCUCAUAGAGCGCUGGUCGGGCUACUCCGGGCUCGGGGGCUACCCUUGGCAUUCUGUGAUUGCAUCUCUCGGCUGUACGACUCGGCGACCACCACGUUGGAUGUCGGCGUACAGUCGAGCGCACCUGUCAAACUGGGCCGUGGUGUGCGUCAGGGAGAUCCGUUGUUGCCCAUCCUGUUCAAUAUGGCGAUGGACGUAAUUCUUGCCGCUCUACCGAAAGAGGUAGGCUAUAGGCUGGAAAUGGAGCGAGUCUCGGCUCUGGCCUAUGCCGAUGACCUAGUCCUGCUUGCAGGCUCAAAGGUAGGGAUGCAGGAAUCCAUUGACCGUGUGUUCGAGGUUGCGUCGUCGAUGGGUCUCUUGGUAAACAACAACAAGAGCUCCGUCUUGUCGAUGGUGCCCGACGGAAAGCGCAAGAAGCACCACUAUCUGACCGAGAAAAAAUUCCGGAUAGGUCGGAACUGGCUGAGUCAAACUUCCUGCGUGGAACGUUGGCGCUAUCUCGGCAUCGACUUCCAGGCGUCUGGAUGCGUGAUGUUAGAGCAUGACAUCAAAGUUGCCUUAACUAACAUCUCUAAGGCACCCCUCAAGCCGCAGCAGCGACUCGAAAUCGUGAGGGGACACCUUAUUCCGAGAUUUUUGCAUGGCCUUGUGUUGGGCAAUAUCUCGGAUGAUAGGUUAAGCAUGCUCGACGUCCAGAUCCGGGGUGCGGUUAGGAAUUGGCUGAGGCUCCCGAAGGAUGUGCCUGUCGGGUACUUCCACACUGACAUCAAGGACGGCGGCCUAGCGAUCCCAUCGCUUCGGGCGACCGUCCCGGAUCUCAUAUUGAAGAGGUUCGGGCGGCUCGACUCGUCGAGUUAG